AUGGUUGCGGGUAGUCCGUUGCGCAAUGACAUCAGCCUGCUUUGUCCCAGCCUCGGAAUUGACAUUCAACAGUUUCCCGGUCCCGGGUCUGCGUGUUGGGCGGCGGCUGCAGCGGCUGCAGCCGCGGCCGCAGCCUCAACCGCAACAGUCGGUGGCGGUUGCGGUGGCAAUGGCGCCGGCAACUCUGGAGCCGUCUCCGGUGGACUCGGUGGGCCUGGAACGGCCAGCUUGGACUCGGGCGAGCGAAUGAGCGUGGGACUGGUACAGACCGGUUCAGUGGUCUGUCCACUCAAGACCCCGCCGCCUCAACAACUGCAGCCGGGCGUAGCGCAGCUGCCCACGGAGGACCCGCGAGUGGGUCCUCUUCCUGGUGGCGCCUUGAUGAUACCACCCGGCUCCGACUACGCCUCUCCCGGCUCCCCCAGUCCGCAGCAGGCCGCGUUGUCUUCGGCUCCCCCCGCUCCAGCCGCCCAGCAACACAUGCAUGAUGGCAACCUGAUGCAGCUCGGCCCAGGCCAUACGAUGCACCGGACCCCCGGGGGUGGGGGCUGUCCGCCUUGGGGUCCUUCCGACCUGCCGCAC